UAAUCGCUGGUGUGACGUUGCCUGACCUUGUGUUUAUAAUGAGUUAUGGUGAAGUAUAGCUCCGCGGCGUUAAUUACAAGACUACAACGUUAGCAAGCAGGCUAAAAAUGCUAACGGCUGGGCGGUGGCUAAUAUCUGGAAUGCUUCGGAACGCCCUCGAAUGCUGCCUGCCUCUAGCUGGCUUACCUCCUAACGCUAGCACCCGGCUAUUUAUAGUCAGUGUGUUUUGGAAUUUGUGUUAAGCUAAAACCUCUAAGAGGAAUUUAACAAAAUCUUUCUACGCCAAAGUUAAAAAGCACGCAUUGUAACAAAGCAACUAGGGUGAUAUAUCACUUGAUAGGAAACGUUAAUAGCACGACAUCCUCCUUGUUUGGUGUAGUUAGCUCUCAGUGGCAGAACUGCUUGGCGUUCAUUUAGGCGCGUAGAGUGAAAAACGUCACCUAGGAGACAAUGCUUUGGUGUUAUCGCUGCUUUAUUUAUAUUCGUCUAUUUAAUGUGGCCGGGUCUGGCCGUCAUUAGGUUGAUCUGGGUAAUUUAGCUGAUAUUCUGGGUGCCUUCGCUUGUCUGGCAAGAUGACUCAUGCGGGAUGCAGCGCAUUAGCAAGCUAACUAUAGCCAGUAAGCUAAAGGAGGCUCGGGGCUUUAGGGAACAACCAGUGGCGCCGACUAUUUGCUGGUACGGGUCAGAUAGUGUAAAUGCUAGCUGGUUAACAUAAGCCGGGAGCAUCUCCGGUUGCUUGCAUUUUCUGUGCUGAAUCUCAGCGUUGCAUGGCGGAAUUCUUACAUUCAUUAGCGGAUAUAGUGGAUUGCAAGCUGCCGAAAGAAACAAAGCUGGAUGUUAAUAUAGGUCACACACAUGUUCUUGUUUUCUGCCAUUAUGCACGUUUCAUACACACACUGCUCGUAUUAGCCAUGAGGGGUUGUGUUUGAGACGGUGAAUGUUAGUCCAGUUGAUAAUUGUGGCAAUGUGCUGUUGGCUUUUUAUCCAUUAACGCAUGCAUUUAUGCCCCAGCAAGGCUAACAACGAUGCUACACCUGCUUAGUGUAAUAGGCCCAACCUAGACAGAGAAAACCUUUGUCUGCUAACGUUAUAGGAUUACACAUCUUAUUUAGGUUACAGUGUGAAGGUAGACCCAUUAAGUGGCCUGUGGUGACAUCAAAUGUUUACCUUGCUUCGUGAUUGUUAUUCUUGGUAAUUUGUGAAAAAAAAAGUAGCAACAAUAUUUGGUGGUCAGCUGAAUAAAGGCCACAUUUUCAUUUAAAAAAAAAAUGUAGAUAGAGUUGCUGUUUGUAAGUGUGGAAUGAUUAAAAGUUUGAUGGCUGUGUAAUACCUUAUUAAAACAAAAAAUGUGUUCAUAUCGUCUUGUAUUUGAGGAUCUGAUUUAGGGUUGCAUGAUUAACCGUAGGCCUUGAUUAAAUGUAGUUGAUUUAUUUUUGUAUUGCGUGACACUGACUGAUAUUUGAUUCUGUUCAGUAUUAUACAAAUAUGUUUUCUUGAGUCACAUUUGUGAUAUUGUUCUAACACUUCCCUCUUUUGCACUUCUUCUUGAACAGAGCCAAAUCUGACAUUUCAGUCAACUUUAAAACAGUUGUUGUUUUUCUCACUGGAAGCUUCACCAGAAGUAUUUAUAUAAACACAGGCACCAAAAGUGUGGGAACCAAACUUUUGUCUACCAUAGGCCUACUGUCUGUGACAAAGGAUUUCCAACAUCCUAUAUUUUGAAUGACAUUUUCGCAGUGUAUGUUAAUGCCUUAAAUGUAUGUGUCAUUGUGUCAUAACGCUUGGUGUUUGAUUUAUAAACAAUAUCAAUACUAUCAGAAUACUAAUGCACCUAAACAUUCUAGCUUUUCCAACAGUCAAGGUGUCACUACUUUUCAGAGGAUAAUAAAGGCCCCAUAAUGUGUAGGAUAGCCUUAGCUUUUUGUUUGUUCUAGUAUAACGCAUAAAGAACAAUCAAACAGAGGGGAUUCCUGUACACAUUAAGUUCAUGCUUCAAUGACUAGCCUACAUCUUCUCUUAACAGACAAGCCUGCCCUAGCGCCUGCUGUGUUUGUUUUCCAAAAAGAUAAAGCACAGAAGAGAUCUGCAGAGGGCUCAAGUGCAGAGGAUGGAGAAGAUUCAGAUAAAGACGAGGGAAGCUAUUGCCCCCCUGUGAAAAGGGAGCGGACCUCAUCGUUCCCACCCCCACAUUCUGUUCCCAAGAACAAUGUAUUCAUGCCCCCAAGUUUCUGCCAGUCUCCAACUGGGAACUCUGACUCUGAGCCAGAGGAGAAGCCCGUGGGAUUCCGCUUAAAGCCCCCAACCCUCAUACACGGACAGGCACCGAGUUCAGGCGUCCCAAGUCAGAAACCCAAGGAGCAGCAACGCAGUGUCCUCCGCCCUGCAGUUCUUCAGGCGCCGCCCUCUAAAUCACAUAUAGAGUCCAAUUCCAGUUGUGGAACCAACGGUGUGAAAAAGUCAUCAGAUGGGGCCCCUGGCUCCCAGUCCCUCUUCCUGAACAACACAGAGCACCCUCUGACCAAAUCACAGAAACAUGAAAACGAGGAAGAUGGAGCAAGUGGUAACAAAGAUGGAGAGAAGAAAGAUACAGAUGUAGCAAUAUCUUUUGUGUUUGGUCAGAAUAUCAAAGACAGAGCAAAGUUGGAAGAGAACAGCACAGACGGCAAGUCAAAGGAUGGUUUGCCACUAGACGCUCAAUCGGAGGGCACUAAUUAUUUCUUACAGUACAUCUCUACCCCAAGUUCAAAAAAUGCCGCAAACAGUACAGACAGUGGGGCAAAAUUUGUUUUUGGGCAGAACAUGUCUGAACGAGUUCUGAGUCCCCCAAAGGGUGAGCCCCCAAUUGAGGAAAAUAAAGAAGUUUUAGCUGCCCCUGCUCCAGAGCCCUCAGCACAGGAAGCCACCCCAGAGAAAGCGAACAGCGUGUCGGAGUCUUUGGAGGAGUCUGCAGCAGCUUACACCAAAGCCACAGCCAAGAAGUGCGUCUUAGAGAAAGUCGACGUCAAAACUGGAGAGGAAUCGGAAAGCAAUGUUUUACAGAUGCAGUGCAAAUUAUAUGUUUUUGAGAAGACUGCCCAGUCGUGGAUAGAGAGAGGUCGAGGUUUGCUGAGGCUCAACGACAUGGCAUCGACAGAAGACGGCACGCUACAGUCCCGUCUAGUGAUGAGGACCCAGGGCAGCCUCCGGUUGAUCCUCAACACUAAACUUUGGGCCCAGAUGCAGGUGGACAAGGCCAGCGAAAAGAGUGUACGAAUCACUGCCAUGGACACAGAGGACCAGGGGGUCAAGGUCUUCCUAAUAUCGGCUAGCUCUAAGGACAUAGGUCAGCUUGCUGCAGCGUUACAUCACCGUAUCUUAGCUCUAAAGAGCCGGGCGGACCAGGAGCCGGAGACCCCGACAACAACCAUCCCUGAGGCAGAGGUACCGCAGUCCAACGAGGACGACAGCGACGAGGAAGACAAUGCCUCUGCUUCAGCUUCAGCCUCCACUCCUGCUACGAGUAACUCAGAGGGAGGAGAGAGCCAGGCAACAGGAAGCACAUAGCGUCACUCUUGGACAGCCUGCUCAGAUGCUGCUGUUGAGGCAUUUUGCUGUAGGCAUCUCCAUGGACACCCCUUGACCAACAUGGGUCCUCCAGACCAGUACUUUUGGAUAUUAGAAGUCUAGCUCCAGGAAAUAACCCCUUGUGCCGGAGUGUCUCACCCAACUCGUGCAGUUCAUCUUCUCUGCAUUCAGCGUAAUAUCUGGAGUCGUUUCUUCCCUCCCUCUCCUGUUUUGUGUUUUAUUUUUGUUUUCGAGUAUUUUUUCCUCUCCCCGAUAGCAAAAAUAAAGACUUCAAAGCUUUGGUUUGGGACUUUUCUGCUCAUCAUAUUGAUGAGUGUAAGGGUGUUUUCCUCUACAUUUUAAAGUAUGGCACAUGUUAAGACUGCAGUUUCUACUUUGGGACCUUUUUACUCACUCUACAGUCGUGCCUCUGGACGCCACACAUCCAGAGGAGCUUCAUUCAUGGUGUAUUUGACUAGCCAUCAGUCUGUUGUUCCUACAUUGAGUCCAACUCUCCUCCGACACCCCCCCCCCCCCCAUCCCAGCCAGUCUGUGCGUUAGGUUUUGGGAAAAUGUAAUUUAUUUUGGAUUGUCAUUUUCAUGAGGCAUCUCAACUCAUAUGUGCUGUUUGUAAUGGCUAGCCAAGACCAUUCAAGUUGUCAUUAAUAGCAGUUUCUUAUAUUUCCUAUUGACCUAUAUUAUACAGAAUAAAAAACUGAAACAAUGGCGUUUCUGCUAAUGUGAGUUAAUGAAGUAAGAACAAAACAGCAGAAGGAUUCAAUUCAAAUUUGUCUUCAAGUUAGUACGUUGUGUUUAGUCAUUCACCUUGUUGGUUUUUUUAAUAAUUGUUUUUCCAAAUCAGGCAUUAAAUUCAUUGGUCUACAUUCUGCAUGUAACUGUUAUUUCUUUCUAUUCUUUUCAGCAUCCCAAGGGUUUACUGUGUUGUUACAUAUUUUUAUUUUGAAGAUAUACUUUUUAUUCAUUUUCAUUUGAAGAACAUGUUGGAAUGAAGACUUAAGUUCAUGUGUGGAAACUUUGAGUGAUAACUCUAAUACCCUUUGAAUGUCAUGUACAUUUGAAUAUAUCAUUUAGAAGCGCACCAUGUUUUCUCAUCUCCAACUACCCUCUUUACAAAAUAAAACAUUUUGGACUGACA